CGUCAGUCGACCGAGUAACAACAAACCAUGGUGGGAGUGUUUUGUACUUUUGUAGGAAAGGAACCUUCAGACCAUGACCAUUAGCGAUAUGAAUUUAUUUCGUAAACCUGUUUAAUUACCUGUUUUGCUAAAAUAUGCCACAUCGAAAACCCGAAAUGUGAAAUGGCUAGCGAUAUCCAGAAAUCGGUCCUUUUGACUUCAUUUCAUAGUGGAAAGAAAAAAGUCAAGAUAAUUUUACACAAAGGAAAUAUUGUUUGGGAUAAUGAAAAACUUCCUUCUGAUAAAAAAAGUGUGCCAAUUGAAAAUGUGAUAUCUGUGGAAUAUAAUUACAAAAGUUGUCACCCCAGCGAGAUCAGACAAAUAGAUCCUCUAUCGUUCACAAUUCAUUAUGCUGAAAGGGAGUCGGGACCGAAAUGGAUUUACAAAAAGUUACUAUUAAAACAUACAGAUCCCCAACAGGUUUCAUCGUGGGUGAAAACUUUGCAAGCUCAUUUGAAAGGUUUUGAGAAACGGCCGAAACAUUUGCUUCUGUUUGUCAAUCCGUUCGGUGGCAAACGGAAUGCCAUGCAGAUCUACGAGAAAUUCGGAAAGCGAUUAUUUGAUGUGGCUGGCGUUGAAGUCACAGUCAAUGUUUCACAAAGGAAAGAUCAGAUCAAGGAUUACCUGAUCAGCCACAACCUAGAGUUUUUCGAUGCCGUUGCUUGCGUGGGUGGUGAUGGGACUGUUUCUGAGUUGUUCAACGGGUUAGUUUUAAGGGAAUGCCGACAGAAUGGAAUCGACGCUGAUGAUAUUAAUCAGUCGCUGCCAAAACCGAAGAUUCCAAUUGGUAUCAUUCCAGGUGGAAGUACUGACACAAUAGCCUAUUGCAUUCAUGGAACUACAGAUGUAACGACUGCUGUCUUACAAAUAAUAUUCGGGGAUUCAAUAGGAUUAGACUUAGUUUCUGUAUAUGAUGAACAUACUUUACUACGUUUGUUCGCCAGCGUACUUAGCUAUGGUUAUCUGGGAGAUGUCGCCUACCACAGCGACCAAUAUCGGUGGAUGGGACCCCAUAGAUACGACUUCUCUGGCUUCAAGAAGCUGGUAGGCAACAAAGGAUACCGAGGAGAGAUCGCCGUCUACUCGGAGAACGAGACUGUCGCCGAGGAACCUUGCCGAGAGAACUGCGCCCGAUGCCGGUCGAGCGGCAGCCCGAACGCGGCCGAUUUGGCGUGCAAAUGGCGCACGAUAUCCGGCAACUUUUUCAUGAUCAGCGGCGCGAACAUCAGCUGCGCGUGCAGCCGUAGUCCCAGAGGCAUCGCGCCCUACAGCCACCUAGGCGACGGCAUGCUGCACCUGGUGCUGGUCAGGCACACCAGCGUGCUCAACAAUCUGCGGCUGCUGCUGCGGUUGUCGAGCGCCAAUUCGAAGGUGGACGAUUUGCCCUUCGUGGAGACCUUCACGGCCAGGGAGUUCUGUUUCAGGGGGGACGAGCGGGGCAGCAGGUGGAACUGCGACGGCGAGAUCCAGCACCAGACGAAUAUCCGAGCGAAGGUUAGAUGUCAAUUGCUCACGAUUUUGAGUAGAGGAAGUCCAAUAUGUGAACCUGUCCAAUCAAAAUGUUGUGGAAUCUGAAAACAGUAGCUCCCGAUUACCUGUUACUAUUGUUGAAAAUGCCGAAAUCAGUAUCGCCGAGUAGGGCAAAAGUAAUGGUGGACUUCAUUUGGACAUGUGGCUUGGUUGUUUCUCAAGUAUCUUUAUCAGUAUUUAAAUUUGUGAGAAGAAGAAUUAGUUGAUCCUCACCCCAAAUCAGUUGAUAAAUAAAUUAAACACGACAUAUUUAGGUU